GGGAUUUAUUGAAUCAAAAGACGAAUGAAGUUUAGACAAAAUGGUGUAAUAAAAAGAGUUGAAUUGCACAUUCUCAUUGGCUUAGAUAAAUGGAUAGAACAAUGGCCGUAAACGCCUCCCCAACAAAUGCGUUUCUGUCCCUUUGGAUACUUUUGCCAAGGGGGACCGAAAUACAUAUAUCACCGGACGCCCACAAGAGCGCAUCUGUUGCAUAACUCAUUUGAUUAACCACAUGUAUCAAAAUGUCGUCCGGAGAAGGAAAGUUGUCUCCACUUGAUUUUGUGGUCAUUACAGCCUAUUUCGUUGGUGUGCUUGCAGUUGGAGUUUAUUCUCUUUUUCGAUCAAAUCGCUCGACAGUCACAGGGUACUUCUUGGCGGGAAGAUUCAUGACGUUUCUUCCGGUUGGCAUGUCUCUUUUUGCAAGCAACAUUGGAAGCGAGCAUUUAGUGGGACUAGCUGGCUCAGGGGCAGCAUCUGGUAUAGGUGUUGGUGCUUUUAACUUCAACUCUUUGUUUCUUUUACAACUGUUGGGCUUCGUCUUCUUGCCAGUUUACAUUGCAAGCGGGGUUUGCACACUUCCACAAUACAUGCACAAACGAUUUGGUGGGCAACGAAUUCGAGUUCUUCUUUCUCUGCUUUCUCUUCUUCUCUACAUUUUCACAAAGAUCAGUGUUAACAUAUACUCUGGCGCGUUGUUUAUUCAACAGUCUGUUGGCUGGGAUCUUUAUGUCUCCAUCUUGUUUCUUCUUGGGAUGACUGCACUUUGCACUAUUUCAGGUGGAUUGGCUUCUGUCAUAUAUCUUGACACAUUCAUGACAUUUGUGAUGGUUGGCGGUGCAACUGUGAUGACCGUCAUGGGUUUCCAAAAGGUCGGUGGAUAUUCCGGAUUGAGAACAAAGUACAUGAAUGCCAUGGCGGAAGAAGUUAUUGCUGGGAACUACACGUGCGGAGUGCCUCGUUCUGAUUCGUUUAUCAUGCUUAGAAACGCAGAAAGCUCCGAUCUUCCAUGGCCAGGGUUUAUAUUUGGACAGACUCCAGCUACCAUUUGGUACUGGUGUGCGGACCAGGUUAUCGUUCAAAGAUCACUGGCUGCAAAGAGUUUGUCCCAUGCACAAGGUGGCGUGCUGCUUGCAUCCUACCUCAAAAUAUUGCCAUUUUUCAUCAUCGUACUACCUGGGAUGAUCAGCAGAGUUUUGUUUCCAAAUGAAGUCGGGUGCGUUGAUCCUGACAAGUGCUUCGAAAUAUGCGGAAGUAGAGCUGGUUGUACGAAUAUUGCUUAUCCAAAGUUAGUUCUUGGAAUAAUGCCGUCAGGUCUACGAGGCAUGAUGCUGGCUGUGAUGAUGGCCGCCCUGAUGAGCGAUCUAACAUCCAUUUUUAAUAGCGCAUCAACAUUGUUUACUAUUGAUCUUUGGGGAAGAAUUAGGAGUAAAGCAAGCAAUCGGGAACUUAUGAUUGUAGGAAGGCUUUUUGUCUUGAUCAUGUGCAUAAUCGGAGUAUGCUGGGUGCCAAUUCUUACUGAGUUCCAGGGUGGUCAACUAUUCAUAUACAUAAUUUCAAUUAGUGCGUAUCUGUCGCCUCCAGUGGCUGCGGUUUAUUUGAUCGCUAUCUUAUGGAAACGAAGCAACGAACAGGGUACAUUUUGGGGACUCGUGUCCGGAUUCGGUUGUGGCAUCAUCAGAAUGACUCUGGAUUUCGUUUAUCGUAAACCAAAAUGUGGAGAGACUGAUCUUAGGCCAAGUGUAUUGAAGGAUUUGCAUUUCAUGUACUUUGCACUGAUGGUGUUCGUCAUUACAACGAUCGUUUGUGUCGUCAUUAGCCUUAUCACAAAGCCUGGUGACCCAGAGAAGACUAUCCGCACGACAUUUUGGACAAGAAACGACCCGACAAUUCGCUCUGACGAAAUUGAGGAACAAAUCCAAAUUCAAGCAGCCGACUGUGAGGAGCAAAAGAAACAGAACCGACAAAACGAUCCUAGUGAUGUCACAUCAAGCACAGCAUGGAUAAAGGACCACGAGACGGUGCAAUUUCAGCAAUCAGGUGGAAUCAAAGCUGUCAUGCCUGUGUGGAAAAAGAUUUGCUACUUCGUCUGCGGAAUGUCUUCUGAUGCGGAAGAAAUUAAAAGAACGCACGAGGAGCAAAAAGAAUAUCUGAAGGAACUGACGUCUCUCAAGCAAAACCCCCGUGCAAGACUUACUCUUCUUGUCAAUUUAGUAGUGGUUUGUGCAGUUGCCCUAUUUCUUUUCAUUUUCUUCUCGGUGCCUGACGGAGGACCAACAGCUCCAACUAUCACUUAUGGGAAGAAUUUAACAAGUUUUACAAGUUGAUAUAGAUAUGGUCAAUUUAGAUUACUUUUUAACGAUGGGUGUAAAGAUUUUAUAUCACAUAAUAUUUCAUAUAAAGAAUCGGUGCAAUUUCAAACAUUGCUGUUGUUGUUGUGUUGUUACCAGAUGAUGGUAGAACUGCCAAAAAUUCAAACUAGCAUAACUAAAAUGCUAGUUUGAAUUUUUGUUCCCGAGAUUGUAAUUUUGUAACGCCGUGUUUCUUCCAGUAAAGCUGCUUCAAUUCAGCUAAUAAUUAAAACUUUACUGAGUUUCUAUCAAAUAUCAAUUUUCACCAAGUUGUUAGACAACUGUUGUAAAGAAAAAAGCCAAAUAAAUAAAUCUGAUGGAAAAUCAUCCUCUUGCCAGUGCCGCUGCAUAAGGUUAGCAUAAAGUACUUUGUUGAUCAAAUUCCCGAACCAUUUAUGAAUUUUUGUCAUGACUAUAGAAGUGAAGGGCAAAGGAUAGGUUCUUUAGGAGUGAGGGUUUCAGGGGGCAUACUGGGAAUAAGAUUGUUUGAAUGCUGUAGAAGUUUAAGCUAUUUUACCCCCGGGCUCUAAUGUUUUUUUCUCAUCUCAUUCAGACGUUACAGAAGUAGAAAAAGGCUUACAGAUUCUUUAAUUCUUUGCACGUUUCAUAACAGCAAAUAUCGCUUAACAUUGAUCAAUACUGUUUACUAUAUCAAAUAAGAGAAUACGAUACUUGUUAGAGUAUAUUUUUAUCCAAUUUAUUAACCAGUAAAAUGUUCUUGCUUUUUGGUUAACAGUGAAGAAAAUACUUGAAAGUUAUUUAUUUUGUGGUCGACUUUAAUGUAUGGCACUGAUAACUCAUUUGUAGAGUUUCAAAUAAUGUUUACUAGUACAGUAAUGAAUGGUAAGAGAAAACGAAUUCAAAAAGAAAAAAAAUAGCAAGAACAAAAAAUAGUGAUUGACAACUUAAGAUGCAAUAAGAUGCAUUGAAUUUUGGAAAACAACAAUAUUUUUAUUUUGCUUCUUGUUCAGCGUUCUAGAAUGCUUUUCGUAGAAUACCACUUUCACUCUAUAGCAUCUGGCUAUCAGACUGUAAUCGGUUAAAAGGCCUAGCCAUUCGUUUAUUUCAGGGUCUGUAGGAUUUUAUCCUUACACAUUUCAGAAGGUUUCAUGUACUUUUAGUACGUUAACUAGCAAAAAUCAAGAUUUUGAAUUUUUAACACACAGGCUAGAUAUGCUGAAAAUAGGUUUUAUUCGAAGCUAAACAACAGCAAUUUUAAUGUGAUAAGAGCGGGAAAAAAUUACUGCUUGCUUUUAGUAAAAUCAGUUUUCAGCUAAAAUGUCGUUUAGACCGGCAUUAUUUCUCUGGCAUUCUAAUUCGGUUUCAAUCUUUGCAAAGGGCUUGCAAAUAUAAGCAGAACUGCACAGGAGUCUUGAUUGCUUCAUCCAAGGUGCCUGCAGCUCCAACUCUUAAUCUCUCUCAUAAAUAAUUUUAAACAAUGAAUUCUGACUAUGCGUCAUGUUUCGUCCCCAGUCCUCAGUGAUCAAUAAGAGCCUUCGAUUAUCCUAAGUCUUGUCAUAGAUGGCGAGCUAGACUUUGGAUCUUCUGCUAUUUCCACGACGCUAGUGAGAUAUUUGGAGGCACUGGAAGAUCCCCUAUGGUUGUACGUUACUGUACUUUUCUGCGACCUGAAUUCGGACAACAAGGAUCUCUGUGAAAUCAUUCUACUUACUCUUUUUCUUGCUGCGGAUCGAAUUCUGGUGUUCUGCAGGCAGUAAAUUAUUGGAGCAACUAGGCCAUCUAUCAUUGUUAAAAACUUCAUUGCAUAAUUGAGUUUCUUUUCUUCUUGGGAAUCCUCAAAUGAGGGGCUAAAACAUUGGCGACACAGUUUCUUUGUCAGAUAAUAGCCAAAUGAUGGCCCCCAACAAAUAAUGUAGCUGAUAGAAAUUAAAACGGCCACUUUUGCAGCUGCCAGCUCCAACUUUAACAGCAAUCUCCGCUUUCGUUUAUGUGAGCAGGACCUUGCUUCUUCUUUCUCCUGGCAAUUCCGUCUUUUUCGGCGAUUUUUGACGAAUUUGUGAGACUUGUAGCAUAUAUAACAGUACAGAAUAAUUAUUAUCACGAAUGGUAGGCCAGUGUUAAUCAAAAGCAUAAGAACGGUCCAAAUGUUACUAGGAAUGUAAUAACAUUUCUCACUUCGCUGAGCAAAAGGUAUGGAGCACAGGCUGGUUGAGUAGAUCCAGGAAAAGGCGAUGACUUUCAUUGCAGCUGCAGGCGUUGCGUGUACGCGAUAUUUUAAGGGCGAAUAGAUAGCGAUGAAUCUGUCCACUGCCAAGAUUAACACGGUGGUCACCGAAACGUAAUUAGUUAGUAGGUACGAGUAGAGAAAAAAUGUGCAAAUAAAGGCGCUGGCCUCUUUGUCGGUCAUUUCCCAUUGUUUCACCGUGUACAGUGGGAUAACGAACACUCCCUGGAGAAUGUGUGCAACGAGCAAGUUCGCUAUCAAGAGAGUUGAUGCACGCUUUUCUGUACUGCUCACGCAUAAAAUAAACAGACAAACACCAUUGAUGCUUAUCACAGCGACAGAAAGGAAGAUAAGACUGGCAACAAUUGCAACGUCGACCAUGAUACUGUUUACUUCUCCGCACGUGUCGUACAACAAACGAUGUUACAUAUAUUCCCUUUCCUCCGUCCUGAAAAAACCUGAUGUUCGAUGUCUUCAGUUCGAAAACCGGAAGCAAAAUUGAUACAUUGGCGAAAUAUGUCGAAGAAUCCUGCUGGUUGCUGUACAAAAGAAUAUGACCAAGGCUUUUAAAUAGUGUGGAUCUAAAAUGUUUUGGACAGACAAACCCAAAGUGCGAAAGUAUCUUUGCGCUGCGCAAAGAAUCCUAUCCUCCUAUCCUGCUAUGUUUUUGGCAUGCAAUGUUCGAUAUGGCGGAGAGCUAGCAAAAAAUUAUAAAAAUGUUGGCAUUUUUUAUCUUCAUAACUUUAUCAUUAUACAUUUUCAAAAAUGUUCCACCGAAGCAGUCAUCUCUAAAAGUUAAAACCUUUAUGUAACUUUUUGUUGCUAUUUUAUCUUUGGCAAGUUAAAAUAAAAGGCAGCAGUGAUGCUAUUUUGUUGUAAGUGUUGCGAUGCUUCUAUUUAUCUAGUGUACACUCCCUUUCCAAAGUAUUGCACCACAAAGCCCAAAGUGAUAGAAUAAAUAGUGAUUGUGAUCUAUGACCUUCUUGCUUUCACUACAUCAAUUUCAUAGCGACAUUUGGUACAAAUGUGGAAAUAAAGUAACUGUCCUCUCCCUGUUUGGAAAGUAAAAUUCAUCGAGUAAAUUGAACCACCGCAACAGGGGUGCAGGGGGUUGUCAACCACAAAUAGCAUCUCAAAUAGCAAAAUUUCAGGUAAAAGCUGCUCAGUGGAAGAAGCAGUUUAGGAAGUUCACAGACCUUCACGUUUUAAAAUCAAUAAAGGACCAGGCAAAGAUAGUUGCUCCUUUGCUUACAUAUGAUAUUUCCAUGAUAUGAAGGUAAACAAAACUAAGCGUUAAUAUUUUCAAGAUUUUGUUGGCACUAAACCCAAGAAACCAGGCCCUCCUUAGGUAAAAGUGUGCCUUGUGUCCAUUUCUCUAAAUUUGAUUGGAAGAAGCAUUAACUGCAGUUCUUUAUCAGAUCCAGAUCUUUUUUACGUGCAAAAAGAAUUCCAUGAUGAAAAGAGGGAUAUAAAUUGACAACUAGGCUAGAAAUGCCUGCUAUUGUAAUAAAAAUGGAUGUUGCGAAUUAUAAUACCAUAGUGUUAGAUUGACAAAAUGUAUUGCAGAGGUAUAUGUUAGUAAUUAAAAAUUUAAGUUAAAUAUCUUUUGAU